AGUAGAUUGCACAGUACAGUACAUAUUCCGUACAAUUGACCACUAAAUGGUAACACCCCAAUACGUUUUUCAACUUGUUAAUCAAUUCAUGGUAAAAAAAAUAAACAAAAUGGUUUGCCUUCCAAGAUGGUCUAUCCUGACCUUCUUAUGAAGUGAAAGAGGAAGUGUUGACACUUUUAGCUAUUGUAUUUACUUCCUGUCCAGCGCUCUUAUUUUGGUUCCUCUUCCUGUUUGUGGUCACUUUGAGAGCCAAUCAGAAGGCUCGAUUUGCUUGUCCAUUGUUCCUGUUUCUCAACCAUAGUGUUUCUCAGCUGUGGUACUCCAUAAGGAACUUAACUGAGCCUACAUGCUCCUCAACCCCGAGGGUGGAGGUCCUACGGAGACUUCUAGAUUGUUGGACUGCAGCAGCAGGAACUUCUCCUUUGCGCUUUGCUUCCUGUUCCCGGGAAGGUCGGUUCCUCCGGUUAUCUCCUCCAACCGUCAGGCUCUCCGAGUCACGUGAGCAGGGGACUUCCUGGACCUUGGACAGGAAGUUGGAGCUGGCAGUGGGUGGAGUGCUUUUGUUGUUGUGCUGCUACCUUACUUGGUCAUGGGGCACAGCUGGUCCAGAGACUUGGAGAAGAUGACUGGAUGAGGGUUGUCAUUUUGUGGUGGAAGGGAGUGUGAUUUCCUGUGGAAAGGCUGACCAUGCAGGUUUCUCUGUGGCAUGUCUGAGGUCUCCAGUGAUGUCAGCAGGAACGUGUGGAACGCGAUGUGGAGGUCCUGCAUGGCCAGCAGAACCACAAGUGUGGAAGGAGACGGUCGGUCCAAUGAAGGCGGUUCUUCUUCACUGGACGCAGCAGCAGGCUACGGCCAGGGUCCGGUGACCCACGGGUCGGCCAUCGGUCCAGAGCGCUUGGACGGUUCCCUGUACAGCCACGGCGUUCCACCCGGGCCUCAGAGACCUCGCCGGCCGAAGCUCCAGCACUCGCAGUCCAUCCUGCGGAAGCAGGCGGAGGAGGAGGCCAUCAAGCGAUCUCGCUCGCUGUCGGAGAGCUACGAGCUCUCUGCCGACCUGCAGGACAAGCAGGUGGAGAUGCUGGAGCGCAAGUACGGCGGGCGGUUCAUAACUCGACAUGCGGCUCGCACCAUCCAGACGGCUUUCCGCCAGUACCAGAUGAACAAGAACUUUGAACGCCUCAGGAGCUCCAUGUCUGAGAACCGCAUGUCCAGACGCAUCGUUCUGUCCAACAUGAGGAUGCAGCUGUCCUUUGAGGGCGCCGAGAAGGUGCACAGUUCCUACUUCGAAGGCAGGCAGGUGUCCAUGACGGAGGACGGCGCCAUGAUGCAGUCGGAAUGUGGAGACCUUCAGCUCCAUCAGCAGGCCAACAUGGCGUCUCACCCGCCGCCACAGGGGGAUCUCACGGACGCCAUCACAGAACUGGAGGACGCCUUCUCCAGGCAGGUCAAGUCUUUGGCGGAGUCCAUCGACGACGCCCUGAACUGCCGCAGCCUUCAAGGGGACGAAGGCCCCGACUCUGAGGCGGGCAGGGAGCUCUCCUAUCAGGUCAAAUCCCAACGCCGGGCAGGCGGACACCUUCACGAUGACACCAUGGCGUCUUACAGCGAUGUCACUCUCUUCAUCGACGAGGACGACAUGUCGCCUCCAAUCGCUCUGUCCAGGUCGGGGGAGCAGCCCCCGGCCACGGAAUCGGACCUGCGCUUGUCCCAGGACUACUGGCCUAUGGACUCCAAAGACGAGGGUCGCGACACGGACACUAGCUGCCGCAGUACCCCGUCUCUGGAGUGCCAAGAGCAGCGCCUGAGGAUGGACCACCUUCCUCUGCUGACCAUAGAACCUCCCAGCGACAGUUCCGCCGAGCUCAGCGAUCGGUCGGACCGGAGCUCGGUCAAACGGCCGCCCGUGUACGAAUCCCACGGCCACAUGGUCACGUCGUCCCAAGCCAGUCCCAAACACAUCUCCCAUGGACCUCCGCCGCGGGCGCCAUCCCGCGACGAGGACGCGCCGCUCCGCCACCGCCACCGGCAGCUGGAGAGCCACCUGGCCAUCAACGGCUCGGCCAACCGGCAGAGCAAGUCGGAGUCAGACUUUUCCGACGGGGACAACGACAGCAUCAACAGCACGUCCAACUCCAACGACACCAUCAACUGCAGCUCCGAGUCCUCGUCCAGGGACAGCCUGAGGGAGCAGACCCUCAGCAAGCAGACGUACCACAAGGAGACGCGCAACAGCUGGGACUCGCCCAUCUUCAGCAACGACGUCAUCCGCAAGAGACACUACCGGAUCGGCCUCAACCUCUUCAACAAGAAACCGGAAAAGGGCAUCCAGUACUUGACCGAGCGAGGAUUCAUCCCCGACACGCCAGUCGGUGUCGCUCACUUCUUGCUUCAGAGGAAAGGUCUGAGCAGGCAAAUGAUCGGAGAGUUCCUCGGGAACCGACAGAAGCAAUUCAACCGAGACGUCUUGGAUUGUGUGGUGGAUGAGAUGGACUUCCAGAGCAUGGAGUUGGACGAGGCCCUCAGGAAGUUUCAGAAUCACAUUCGUGUGCAAGGAGAAGCUCAGAAGGUGGAGCGACUUAUUGAAGCUUUCAGCCAGCGGUACUGCAUCUGCAACCCGACAGUGGUGCGUCAGUUCCGUAACCCCGACACCAUCUUCAUCCUGGCCUUCGCCAUCAUCCUGCUCAACACCGACAUGUACAGUCCCAACGUCAAGCCCGAGAGGAAGAUGAAGCUGGAGGACUUCAUCAAGAACUUACGAGGUGUGGACGAUGGGGAAGAUAUUCCCAGGGAGACUCUGGUUGGAAUCUACGAGAGGAUCCGGAAACGGGAGCUGAAGACCAAUGAAGACCACGUGUCUCAAGUUCAGAAGGUGGAGAAGCUCAUUGUGGGAAAGAAACCCAUCGGAUCCCUCCAUCACGGCCUGGGAUGUGUUCUUUCGCUUCCUCAUCGACGUUUGGUUUGUUAUUGUCGCCUCUUUGAAGUUCCUGAUCCCAACAAACUGCAGAAACUUGGACUUCAUCAGCGAGAAAUCUUCUUGUUCAACGAUCUACUUGUGGUGACCAAGAUCUUCCAGAAGAAGAAGAACUCGGUGACCUACAGUUUCCGACAGUCCUUCUCUCUCUACGGGAUGCAAGUUCUGUUGUUUGAAAAUCAAUACUAUCCAAAUGGAAUCCGCCUCACGUCGGCUAUUCCAGGAGCAGACAUCAAAGUUCUCAUCAACUUCAACGCACCAAACCCUCAGGACCGCAAGAAGUUCACAGACGACCUGAGAGAGUCCAUUGCUGAGGUCCAAGAAAUGGAGAAAUACAGAAUUGAAUCGGAGCUGGAGAAGCAGAAAGGCGUGGUGAGGCCCAGCAUGUCUCAGAGUUCGGGCCUGAAGAAAGAGGGGGGAAACGGCAGCAUGAACCGAGCCAGUCUGGACGACUCGUACGCCAUGAGCGAGGGUCUGAAGAGGAGUGCGCUCAGCAGCUCCUUACGAGAUCUCUCUGAAGCAGGCAGGCGGGGGCGUCGCAGCAGUGCAGGAUCACUAGACAGCAAUAUGGAAGGCUCCAUCAUUAGCAGCCCGCACACGCGGCGGAAAGCCGCCGCCGCCUCCCACGAGCCUCCCCCUCCCCCCAACUCGGCGCCCACCUCCAUCCUGGGCUCGCUGUUCGCCACCAAGAGAAGCAAGGGGUCGGCGCCGGGCCACGCCCCCGCCGGCCACCCCACCCUCAUAUCCCACAAGCCCCACCCGACCAACCUGCACCACACGGCGCAGGUGGUGCACCACCACCCGCAGUACUGCCAGGUGCCGCAGAACCCGCCGCCGUACCACCACCACCACCACUACCACCCGCCGCCGCACACGCAGUACCACAAGCACCCCGCCUACUCCUCGCACGGCCACGCCCACUACGGCCAGCAUCACGCCGCCCAGCCGCACGCUGCCCAGCAGGCGGGCGCCGCGCCCGGCGGACCCAAGCCCAAACACAGCGGCAUCAGCACGGUGGUGUGACGCGGCGACACCAAAGGACCGACGGCACGACUGUCCACUGUGUUCACUGCUGUUGCCAUGGAAACCACCUCGCACCCCCACCGCAAGCCUUGAAGGCCGCUCGGUCUCCUCUCGGUCCCCCUUUUUUUCAGCCGGGGGACAAAGUAGUAUAAUCAGCGGGUGGAAAUAUAAUCUUUGACAAAGUGUAGUGAAGUAUUUAGUGUAGAUGAUUAGUUCCUAAUUAAAUGUGCCAAUUAUUAUAUUGUGUGUAUAGUACAUCAUCAUCAUUGUUGUUGUUGUCAGUGAAGAUCCCUCCCACAAACUUGUUAUUAUUAUUCCACAUGAAGGAGACGUCAUACGUUGUUGUUAAUAUUAGGAGUGUCACGAUACCACUCUCUAAAGCAGUGUUUUUCAACCACUGUGCCGCGGCACACUCGUAAUAGUCUGCAAAUUCUGUGUUGUCGUUGAGUGUCGGUGCUGAGUAACCGUGUAAUACUCUUCCAUAUCAGUAGGCGGCAGCCGGUAGCUAAUUGCUUUGUCAAUGUCGGAAACAGCGGGAGGCAGGGUGCAGGUAAAAAAGUGCUUAAACCAAAAAUAAACAAAAGGUGAGAGCCCCUAAGAAAAGGCAUUGAAGCUUAGGGAAGGCUAUGCAGAACGAAACUACAACUGAACUGGCUACAGAGUAAACAAAAACCGAAUGCUGGACGACAGCAAAGACUUACUGUGGAGCAAAUGUACAAUGUACAUCCGAACACAACUAAAAUAUUCUUGAUUGCUAAAAUAAAGACGAGGCGGGGAAUAUCACACAAAGGAAGACAUGAAACUACCAAAAAAAGAGAAAAAGCCACCAAAACUGAAACACUACACACAGGAAAACAGCAAAAAAACUCCAAAUAAGUCACGAUGGACGACAGCAAAGACUUACCGUGGAGCAAAUGUACAAUGUAGUCCUGCAGAUUGUUUACUUGUGUGUGAUAUCUGCGAUACAAGCAGUCCUGCAGAUUGUUUACUUGUGUGUGAUAUCUGCGAUACAACCAGUCCUGCAGAUUGUUUACUUGUGUGUGAUAUCAAGUGCGAUACAAGCAGCCAGUCAACAUCUAAAUGUCCUUCAAUAAACACACAAUAAAGUCAUUUAUGAAAGGUAAAUGCGUUAGGCUAGUUAAUUAUAGUUGUAUGUUACUUACACGUACAAAGUCGCCAAGGCAGAGUAAAGAGUAUCCGGUAAGAAACGUGUCCGCAUCAGUCAACUUUAUUCAUUAUUGUGGCCAAAUAAAGAAAUGAGCGCUACGAUUCAACUUAAAGACAGCAUAAGUCCAUUCCAGACGUUGCUAAUAAAUAGAUUCGGUUUUUCAUAGCUACCCUUGUUCUGUUUGCCUCAUUCCACUCGAGCAAACCUUUGAUAUCGUAUCAGGCCAAUAUCGGUAUCGAUCGAUGCAGUAUGGGUGUUGCGUGCGACGUAAACAAAAGGUGAGUGCCCCUAAGAAAAGGCAUUGAAGCUUAGGGAAGGCUAUGCAGAACGAAACUACAACUGAACUGGCUACAGAGUAAACAAAAACCAGAAUGCUGGACGACAGCAAAGACUUACUGUGGAGCAAUGUACAUCCGAACACAACUGAAAUAUUCUUGAUUGCUAAAACAAAGUCGAGGCGGGGAAUAUCGCACAAAGGAAGACAUGAAACUACCAAAAAAAGAGAAAAAGCCACCAAAACUGAAACACUACACACAGGAAAACAGCAAAAAAAAAACUCCAAAUAAGUCACGGUGUGAUGUGACAGGGGGUGACAGUACACCUACUUUGAGACAAGAGCUAUAGUGAUGAAUGCUUGGUUAUGGUUUAAAGUCAUAUCCAACAAUUGCGACUUUUUACUGUCAACUGAGUUUCGUUUUUUUUUUUUUAAUGAUUUCUGCUGAUUUUUUCAACGCAAAAAAUGUGCCUCGGCUCUAAAAAGGUUGAAAAACACUGCUCUAAAAACGACCGUAUCGCACCGGUGUCCGUCGGAUAUCAACAGGAAUCACGCCUGCUCGUGUUGUUUUCCAUCGCGACGAUCCAACAUCAUAACAACUUUUGUAAAAUGCAAAAAAAAAAAAAAAUCACCAAAAGUCGGCUUUAAGUGGAAGUGGAGUGGUAAUUGUUUUUUUUUUUGGGUUGAACGAUGCGGACACGUUUGUUACCGGAUACUUUCUGAGACUUUGUGCGUGUGAGUAAAGAUGCGACGAGAAUGAUUUAGUACGUGUUUAUAUUUUUAAUGUUCAAUGGCUAUUACUGUGUGUCUAGCUCCUGUGCUUUCGUGUGCUUAGCCGUUGUGUAUCUGCUCGCUCCUAGUAGCCUGGCAUGAUUGCCUGUUCGUAAAUGGAAGGAGAAGAAAAAAACAAUAGAAGAAAGAGGACGUCUAGACGUUAACGCGCUGCUCGUGUCGCACGUGAUGAUAUUUUUGAUGAUAUCGGAGCGGCGGCAGGUGUAGAUAUUGGAUGGUGACACCCCUAAUGACAACGUGUGAAUAUGGACGUGAUUUCAGACUUUGUUUUUGCUCACGCGUGCGAUAUCUUUGUGCUGAUUAGGAACAAGUAUCAUUUGUCUUUCUAUUUAUUGACAUGUUGCUUUUCUGUCUCACUUCAUGCUCGUCAGCAGGAAUGUCUAUAUGCUUCUGCAUGUUUGCUGUCUACCUUCUCCACACUUUGUACAACAACAUAGUGGUUAACGUUCUCCGCACAUUGUACAACAACAUAGUAGUUAACGUUCUCCGCGCUUUGUACAACAACAUAGUAGUUAACGUUCUCCGCACAUUGUACAACAACAUAGUAGUUAACGUUCUCUACACUUUGUGCAACAACAUAGUAGUUAACGUUCUCCGCACAUUGUACAACAACAUAGUAGUUAACGUUCUCUGCACAUUGUACAACAUAGGAGUCUACGUUCUCUGCACAUUGUACAAAAUAGUAGUUAACGUUCUCUGCACAUUGUACAACACAGUAGUUAACGUUUUCUGCACAUUGUACAACAACAUAGUUGUUAACGUUCUCUGCACUUUGUUCAACAACACAGUAGUUAACGUUCUCUGCACAUUGUACAACAUAGGAGUCUACGUUCUCUGCACAUUGUACAAAAUAGUAGUUAACGUUCUCUGCACAUUGUACAACACAGUAGGUAACGUUCUCUGCACAUUGUACAACAUGGUAGUUAAUGUUCUCUGCACAUUGUACAACAACGCAGUUGUUAACGUUCUCUGCACAUUGUACAACAUAGUAGUUAACGUUCUCCGCACAUUGUACAACAUAGUAGUUAACGUUCUCUGCACAUUGUACAACAUAGUAGUUGUUAACGUUCUCUGCACAUUGUACAACAUAGUAGUUAACGUUCUCUCUCUGCACAUUGUACAACAUAGGGGUCUACGUUCUCUGCACAUUGUACAACAUAGUAGUUAACGUUCUCCGCACUUUGUACAACAUCAUAGUAGUUAACGUUCUCCGCACAUUUUACAACAACAACAUAGUAGUUAACGUUCUCUGCACUUUGUACAACAACAUAGUAGUUAACGUUCUCUGCACAUUGUACAACAUAGUAGUUAACGUUCUCCGCACUUUGUACAACAACGCAGUUGUUAACAUUCUCUACACAUUGUACAACAUAGUAGUUAACGAUCUCUGCACAUUGUACAACAUAGUAGUUAAUGUUCUCUGCACAUUGUACAACAUAGUAGUUAAUGUUCUCUGCACAUUGUAAAACAACAUUGUAGGUAACGUUCUCCACACUUUGUACUACAACAUAGUAGUUAACGUUCUCCGCACAUUGUACAACAACAUAGUAGUUAACGUUCUCCACACUUUGUACAACAACAUAGUAGUUAACGUUAUCUGCACAUUGUACAACGUAGUAGUUAAUGUUCUCCGCACAUUGUACAACAUAGUAGUUAACGUUCUCUGCGCACUGUACAACAACAACAACAUAGUAGUUAACA